AUGCUUGAAGGACUAGCAGCAUGGGUGCUGAACACAUAUGUAGGAGAGUAUGUAGAAAACCUUAACACAGCACAGCUCUCAAUUGCUCUUCUUCAAGGAGCUGUUGAACUGGAAAAUCUGCCACUAAAGAAAGAUGCAUUGAAAAGUUUGGAUAUUCCAAUUGAAGUCAGAUCAGGCUUCAUUGGAAAGAUCACACUGCAGAUUCCUUUGCGACGGCUGAGAAGUGAACCAUGGGUAAUAUCCAUUGAGAAGUUGUACAUGGUCACUGGACCAUUGGCUAAACUUUCUUAUGAUGAAGAGAAGGAGAAAAAAUAUGAGCAGGAACAGAAGAAAGUGAUGCUAGAUGCCCUCGAAGAGAAAUGGAAGAUCUCACAGGGAGUGCAGCAGGAUGCCUCAUCCUCAUCGUCAUGGUUUUCUUAUGGAACUUCCAUGGCUGCGAACAUUUUGGAAAAUAUCCAGCUAAAUGUGAAAAAUGUUCACAUUAGAUACGAGGAUGAUAAAACCAAUCCAUCAUGUCCGUUUGCUGCUGGCAUCAUCAUCAAGAACCUGAGUAUACAGAGCACAGAUGCAUCAUUGACACCAAAGUUUGUGAGCCACUAUGAGGCCAGUGAGAUGUUUAAACUGGUGGAUCUAACAGAGUUCAGUGUCUACUGUGAUUCAAAUGUGACUAUGUUGGGAGAUUUGAAUAUGCAAGAAUUGGCGGAUGCAUUAGAGAGAGAUAUGUUUCUGUCCACAUCCAACAAGUUUGAGGCUCAUGAAUAUAUUCUUCAACCAAUCACAGCGCAAGGAAAAGUCAGACGGAAUGUGUCUGCUUUACCAUUACGCUCGGCUGCAACUCCACGCAUCUCGGUUGAACUCACCCUUUGUGACAUGUCAUUGAAUCUAGCCUCUGAUCAGUACCAGAAUCUGAACCUGUGGCAGCGAGAAUUUACACGGCAUGGUUUGAGAAGAAAAUAUCGCAAAGGGAGACCUUCAGCCUCCAUCUUAUCAAGUGCACGCCAGUGGUGGCAUUUUGCACAGACUGCUCAUUUGGAUAUUAUCAAAGAAAGAAACAAGAGACUGACAAAGACAUUUUUACUAGAGCGCGCAAAACUUAUCACAACAUAUGCAAAAGUGUACUCAGCCUACCUCAAUGGAGAAGUUCUAACAGCACAACAAAAAGCAAGCAAGUCAGCCAUUGAAGAACAGCUGGACUUUGAUGAGCUGAAAGUCAUUAGAAAGGCUGUCUUCUUGAAAGUAUCCAAGAACAACCCUAUGACUUCAGUCAUGACACCAAAGAAAAGCCCGCCCCCAGUUGAACUAGUGUCAACACCGGUAAGAGAGAGAGGUAGUUUAUUCCAGCGAUGGUUCCCUGGUUGGUCAGGGUGGUCCCAGCCCACACCGUCAUCCCCAUCUCCUCCCCCAGAACUGGAGCAUGAGCAGCUGUCACCACAGUCAUCGCCAACAGAUUCCCAGGAUGUGUCUCUGUCGUCUUCAUCCUCAUCCAACACAUUGAAAAGCAGCACAGACUUCACAGCUGAUACACAAGAAGAUGUUCUAACAGAGGAUGAAAUAGAGCAAGAGAUUAAAGAUGUUAUCAAGGAUUCCUCUGUAAACAGUUCGUUUCUCAGGAAGGACACUGUGUUUGCUAGAAUGACAUUUAUGUUGACAAAGGGAUCAUUCACACUCAAGGAAACUCAGCACACUAACAAAGAUAAUAUCAAACCUGCCCCAUUGGUGGAACUCCACUGUUCCUCAAUUGGUAUGGAGUUUGAAUCUCGACCUCGGACUAGCGCCAUGAAAUUCUCCCUGGCUGUUGGGAGCUUUUUUGUCCAAGAUCAAAGGGCACAGAAUCCUGUGUUUUCCCAGGUCAUUUGUCCUCAAGCAAAAGAUCAACAGAGCAAGGGAGCAUUCAAGCAAUUCUCUCAGUUCACCAACAUGCAAAACCUGAUCCCCAUGAGCAAGGAGACAGAGAGCAAGGAGUUUUUCACCCUGGUAUAUGAGAAGAAUCCUCAUGGCAAUUUCAAAUACAGCAUCAGCAUGAAGUCACAACCACUGGACAUCAUAUACAUGCCUGAACUCAUCAACAGAGUUAAGGACUUGUUCAGUUCACCUCCUGGUGCCAUCCCUCGAGCUGCCAGCUCAGUACCCAGUGGACAGUUUGAGAAGAUACGAAAGCAAACACAGGAGGAACUGAAAAACACAUUGGAUCAUUUACUGGAAGUGAAAACUAGCAGAUGGGACAUUAACCUAGACAUCAGUGCCCCUAGGUUUGUGAUACCUGACAACAUGUCGGAGAGCAACCCACAGCUUGUGGUCAUUGACCUGGGCAACUUUCAGUUCCACACCAUCACUACUUUGCCCAAUUCUUCGGCUGAACAAAACGGCAAAGAUAAAACCAAGGAAGAGGAUGGUGAAGACAAGUUUGAGACUCCUUUGUCCACUCCACCCAAUGAAGAAGCUGAAGAUGAAGAGGUGAAAAAGACGCUGACCUUGGGUCGGGUGCCUGAACUGAAGAGACCUAAGAGUUCUGAGUCCCUCUCCGAGGCUGCGCCUGACACCUUUCAUGACAGGCUGUAUGAGAAAUACCGCAUUGGACUGGCUGAAGUGCAAGUGCUGAUGGGAAGGCUCAAUGACAACUGGCGCCAUGCGUACCCAAGGGGAACAAGCCACAUGCAUAUUGUGGACAGGUUCAGCAUUAACGUACAACUGGACAGGAGGCUGAUUGUAACAUCAGAUAUUCAGUGGCCUACAGCAAAAAUCUCUGGAGUCUUGCCAUCACUGACUUUUCAUCUGAAUGAAAGAAAGAUACAGAUCUUACAGAAAUGCCUGGAUAAAUUAUCAGAGUCCAAAACUACAGGCUAUUCCCAGUCUCCGUUUCAGAAAAGCACAGGGUCAUCCUUCGACAGCGGUUCGGGAACCAUCUUUCCGGAACAUUCCAGCUUUGACCA